GCGUCCAUCGCCCAAAGAGGAACUACAUCACACACAGGCCAAAGCCGCGCGAAACGCCCCAGCUGCCAUGUUUGUCUUCGAUUGGUUCUACAACGUGCUCGGCUACCUCGGCCUGUACCACAAGAACGCCAAGAUCCUGUUCCUGGGCCUGGACAACGCUGGCAAGACCACCCUUCUACACAUGCUCAAGGAUGACCGCGUGGCAGUCCACGAGCCGACGCUCCACCCCAACUCGGAGGAGCUGAUUAUUGGCAAGUUGCGUCUUCGCACCUUCGAUCUUGGAGGUCACGAGACCGCUCGUCGACUCUGGCGAGACUAUUUUGCAACGGUGGACGGCGUCGUCUUCGUUGUGGAUGCACUGGACCGCGAGCGUUUCCCCGAGUCCAAGCGCGAGCUGGAUACGCUGCUGGGCUACGACGAGCUGGCCAAUGUGCCAUUCCUGGUGCUUGGCAACAAGAUCGACGUGCCUCGCGCCGCCUCGGAGGAUGAGCUGCGCAGUGCUCUGGGUCUGUACGAGACUUACGGCAAGGAGGCUCGUGGCGACAAGGAUGCUAGCAUCCGCCCUAUUGAGCUGUACAUGUGCUCAGUGGUGCGCCGGAUGGGAUACGCUGAUGGAUUCCGCUGGAUGGCGCAGUUCUUGUAGAUCACUGAUCAGUCUUUUGUCGCCCGUUAGCGUGGUGGCGUAUUAGCAGAGGAAGAAAGCAGGAGGAGUUAAGCAGGGAGGAAUAACGCCACACAGAACACAGAGGUGGAUUUUCGCUCCUGUUUACUUAAUCGAUUCUCUUCGUUAA